AUGCUGUCCUGGCCCACGUGCCGCCUGCUCGCCCAUGGAGACGUGUCCACGGUGGCGCCGCGGGCACUGGUUGGCCUCAGCCGCCGAGGGAGCGGCUCGCCCAGGCGGUUCUGUGCGAGGGCCCGGUCCGCGCGCGCAGAGGUGCUCCUCCUGGCGGCCCUGCCGCUCACCGAUUGCGGCGAGAUCCGGCAGGACGUCCCCGAGCAGGCCGUGUCCCCGGGCAGGCCGCUGGAGGUGCUGAACUCGGUAGUGCUCUCGCCGAGGGGCAUCGGCCUCGUGGGCGGCCUCCUCCCGGGGCUGGCGGACGCCGUGAGCGUCAGGGCGACGGUGCGGGCGGAGGCGGAGCCGGGUCCGGGCUCCCUGUCCAUCCGCUUCGUCGUCGGGGAGCUGGCGCCCAUCUCCGGGCGGCUGGCCGUCUCUGCCGACGCUGCCCCUGCCGACGUUGCCCUCGUUCCGGGCCUCCGCGUCGGGCAUCAACCUCCUGAACACGUUCGUGGACAGGGACAUGCGCGUCGCCAGGUCGCCUCUCGGCGACGCCUUCCUGCUACUGCGGGUGAGCUGACGCGGGGUCUGCCGCGUAUGCUUCUGUUUUGUGCCUUUCGUUUCAUUUUUGGUGGGGAAUCCGUGCUCCUGUUCUUGCCCACCAGGUCAAGGCCCACUGCGCUUGCAGGCCGGUGGAUGUUGCGGUCAUGGUUUGCCUGGCGAGUUGUCAUUUCGCUGCUCCUCGGGUUGGCACGGUCGUUGCGCCGCGGCGAGAAGAGCACACCACAUCGAUGUUCACAGCCUGCCGAGGUCCCCGAAGGUCGACUCCCCAGGCUCUAG